UCAGCUACUCACUGUUACUACUAAGCUGUGGCAACUCUGUCAUUGGCCUACGUCGAACAAAGUCAGCUUCGUUUGUUCGAGUCUUCGGAAGGGGGAACACAAAAUGGACAUCCCAAGAUGCGCACCAAGGGAGCCGAGAGGCUCGCCGCCGGCCAUAUACAUCGAGGGAUCGAGCCACCUCGACCACUAUGCAGGCUCGGGCCGGUCUCAUAUGCAAUCGAGAUUCCAAUCCUCUCUAGCCUCUUCUACCCCUAUGCCGAUAUCUAACAGCCGCCGUCUUGCUGAAGACGAUGCACCGCCGCCACUACCUCCCCCGAAAUACUUGCCUGGGCUCGGACAGCCGGCUCCUACUCGACACGACCGUAUCCCUUCGAUUGAUUCCAAUGCAAGCUGGGAUAGUACUAGACAAGAGUCGGAGCAGGAUCGGCCUCCGUAUGGUAGAUCUGACAACGAUCGUGGGAUAGGACGGUCUCAUAGAGAUGAAGGCUAUCACAGUCUCAACUCCACCAUCUCGUCGUUAGGAUCCCAGGACUCUCUCCCUAAGAAACUCUUCAUGUCUCAUGACCAAUACCAAUUUAAUAGGCCGAAUAGCAACGACUAUGACAGCUCGUUGAUUAAGAAGCUGGAUUCGAGACGAACAUUUGACAACAGGACUCCGCCUCGACGGUCUGCUCUCAGUGCUUCCGUGUCAAACUUGACUGCACACGAGCAGCGUCUGCACACUCAGCUAACACCCCUUUCUCUUCCUAUUCGGCAGAGCAAUAAGUUGCUUAUCGAUUCCCCCGGCCGUUAUACGGAUACUCCCCCGCAGUCUGCACUCUCCCCACGUGGGCCUUCGUUCUACGGGGCUUCGAGUAGUGAAUAUCGUUCGCCUAUAGAACCUAUGGAUCUAGAUCGAUCGCCUUUUGCGCGAACGAGGAGGAAUAAUAGCGGUUCAUUACCUGAUGACGCAACGAUAUCCACGCACAGUAGCUACGACAAUGCAGACGAUAAUGACUUUGCGAUGGAGGAUAGGUCGCAAACUGAGGACUACAUGUUGCGGUCAGAGCACCAGGCCAUUGGGCAGAAGAGACGGGCGUCUUCACCGCCUGGGGAUGACGUUCCGAUGCAAGGCAUGUCCGGAUUAUGCGACCCAUUACGACGUCGUGAGGGCGCAUCCAGAGCAUCACCGACACCGCGUCUCGCCGGCAUCCCUCCCGGUUCUAUACCUUCCGUUCCAUCCACCACGCGAAGUGGAUCUUUCGCUUCAAAUGCCUCACUUACCACCAACCUGUCAAGUAUUAAUUCUUUUACUGGCAGAUCACCUGGCGGCUUAUCUAGUGGAGGACUUUCGCCCGUUGACGUCAUCUCAAACUCGCCUUAUAACAUGCCGAAUUCUCUCGGUCACUCGCCACGCGCUUCGCUUGCACGUGUCCCCCACCAGCGUAACCUUAGUAGUGAAACAAGACGCCUCGCAUCGCCCCGUAAAGUGAGUGAAGUAUCUAAAACCGGUAUCUCAAAGAUACCUGGUGGUUUCUUCAUGUGCGAAUGCUGUCCCAAAAAGCCAAAAAAGUUUGAGACGGCAGAAGAACUAAGCACCCACGAGGCCGAAAAGCAAUACGAAUGUUCGUUUUGCGGCAAUCGGUUCAAGAAUAAGAACGAAGCAGAGCGCCAUCAAAACAGCUUGCAUGUAAGGCGACAUAGUUGGUCGUGCUCUGCGUUGCUUCUUUCGCGGUACGACCGCGCGUUUCACGAGAGUACCAACCGACCUGGCGAAGCAGACACAUGUGGUUACUGCGGAGAAGAAUUUGAGCGCCACGGUGGUGUUGGGCGUCCACGACAGCCAACGGAGCAGGAUUGGGAUGAACGACUGAAACAUCUUCAAGAGGUGCAUAAAUUCCGCGAAUGCAACUCGAGCAAGAAAUUUUACCGUGCAGACCAUUUUCGACAGCAUCUAAAGCACAGCCAUGCGGGGACCAGUGGUAAAUGGACUAAUAUGCUAGAAAAUGCAUGCAUGCUCGAUGAAGAGCCACCACAACCGUCAAGAUGAGCGAAUUGAACCGACCAUCAGUGAUGGGGUUGGGUAGCAAUACUGCGCGGGGUUUUCGAAGGGGAAAAAAGAAUCAACAAGCUGUGGAUGUGAAUUACUCGGGUUUCGUUGGUUGGGGGGUUAAUGUGUCCAUCGACGCACAGCAACCGGCCUACAAUUGGGCGGUGGGAUGAAAGGGAUCAGUCGAAUCAAGAGUAAUCAAUCAAAUCAAUCAAUCAAUCGUGUGCGGUUGCGCCCUCGGAGUCUUACCUCAUCUAGGAGCAGGCUGGUUUGCUUUGCCGAUCUCCCGCCCGUUGGAUGCACGCUCGCGGAGAUAAAUUAAAUGGUCGGUUGCGGCACGAUUAUCAAGUCGAUGCCCUUUAUACAACAGGCCUAAACCGGAAAGUAAAAUC